AUUGUUUUCUGCACCUGUAUUGCGUAUUUCCCUCACUAUGAUUGGAUCAAGGGUCUCUCUAUCAGCCAAUGACAGCGCAGGAGUUGUGUUCUGAUAGAAAAUCCACGCGCAGGAGGGCGGUGCCUACCGGAAAACAGGAAAGCCCCUGUAUUAAAGGGUAGAAUGGGCGCUGUGGGGUGGUUACAUUUUAAAAUACAACUACACUGGACAUAUUUGAUUAUUACAAGGAAAUUUUGAUUGGCAACAGCCCUACAGCAGCUUUCAACAGUACAAGUCCCUUGAGUGUGCCUCUUUCAUGAUGGCCAGACCGGAUCGCUGCUCUUUGUUUGACCUUGUUGUUGAUCUGAAGCUCACUGAUGGACUCAGGGAUAUUUCAGACAUGCAUAAUCAUCAGGAAACUCUCCAUCUCACCAUCAGAGAGGAAUUUCCUGAUGAUAAGAGAGGAAUGGAUGAAAGAAGAGACGAGGUAGUGUCAGACAGGAAGUUUUGCUCUGCGUGUCAGUGUUCGUUUGAAAGUCGUGAAGAGCAGGUGGAGCAUUAUAAACUGGACUGGCAUCGCUUCAAUCUGAAGCAGCGACUGGCUGGAAGAUCACCAGUCACAGUGGAGGAAUUUGAAAAGAAGACAGGAAUGGGUGACGUCUCGAGUAUUUCAGGUUCAGACUCUGAGGAUGAGGAGUCACGCAGUGAGGAUGACAAUGAUGGUGUUAUUUCUUAUGGAGGCCGUUUAACUACUAGGGUUUUGCUCCAAAACUCACAGGGACAGUAUUUAUGUCUUUACCGCUGUGCAGUACAGAAAAGGACAAUAGACAAUGGGGCAAAUUUGGUCAAUUCUCUGCUGAACAUCUCAGAGAAGACGGUGUGGGUGAUUUUGAUGACAGGCGGUGGCCAUUUUGCUGGAGCUGUUUAUAAAGGGAAAGAGGUGCUGCAGCAUAAGACCUUCCACCGUUACACUGUUCGAGCAAAACGGGGAACAGCUCAGAAUGUCCAUGAUGCCCAGAAUAGAGCCCCCAAAUCAGCUGGAUCCGCUCUUCGGCGCUAUAAUGAGGCAGCAUUAACGAAGGAUAUUCAGGAGCUGCUGAAGAACUGGGCUGAAUAUUUAAUGCAGGCCGAUGCCAUUUUCCUUCGAACCCCGAAAUAUAACCGAAGUGUGUUCUUUGGAGGCCGUGAAGCACCACUUGGGAAAAAAGACCCAAGAAUUCGAUCAAUUCCUUUUGCUACUCGCAGAGCCACAUUCAGUGAAAUAACACGUGUACACGACGUCCUCUCAGUGCUGCAGAUUUACGAUAAGACCACAGACGUAUCCAGCAUUCUCAAGUUGUCCAAGAGAACGUGGCUGAAAAAACCCUCAAAUAAAACCAAUCGAAUUGCAGCAGUAGGUUACCAGGUAGACCAACAGGAAGAAGAGGAGGAGGAUGAUGAUGUUUCUGUACAGCUGCAGAUGGAGGAUCUGACGUUAACGACUGUGGAUUUAAAGGAACAUGAGAUCAAACCCAGCAAGAAGAAACGAAGAAGGAGGAAAGAAAGAAAGCCAGAGGCAACUGAGAAAGAGGGGAAAUUGAUGGAGAAAGAAGACUUUGUCAGCAGGGAGCUAAAGGAUGAGACAGGGAAUGAAAAGGCGGAAAAAGAGAAAACAGAAGGCAAGAAAAAUACGAAGAACAACGAACAUGAAGAAGAUGAAGCGUGUGUAUUGUGUGAGUUCAGCAUCAGAGAUGCUCUCUACACUGCGUGUAAAACGGGUGACACAGAGGCGUUACGCACACUCCUGGAGCAAUACAAGCACGUGUUGAUCCAACUCCUUAACACACCCAUUGACUCUGCCGGAUAUACACUGCUGCACGUGGCAUCAGCAGCUGCACAGAAACAUGCUGUUACUCUUUUAUUGGAGAUGGGAAGUGACCCAACAUGCAGGGAUAGGAAAGGCCAGACACCAUAUGCAGUCGCACCAGACAAAGAAAGCAGAAACAUGUUCAGGAAAUUUAUGGCUGAACAGCCGAACAAAUAUGACUAUGCUAAAGCUCAGGUUCCAGGACCACUGACUGCUGAAAUAGAGAGCAAGAAAGCAGAAAAGAAAAAGGCACAGAAGGCAGCAAAGAAGCAGCGUGAGAAGGAGCAGAGAGAGGAGAAACGAAGAGAAGAGGAGGAGCAAGAGGAGAAGAGGAGGUUUUUAUCACUUAGUGACCGAGAAAAGCGAGCGCUGGCUGCAGAAAGACGACUGGCGGAGCAGGUGGCCACAACGGGAGGAACACUCACUAAUAUCAGGCGAUGCUGGCAGUGUGGAGAAUCUCUGCUGGGGAAAGUUCCAUUUGAAUAUCUAAAUUACUGUUUCUGCUCAACACGCUGUGUCCAAACACACCAUAAAAACAACAGCGCUGCCAAAAUGUAACUCUGGGGAGAGAUAUUGUAAUACUACUGCCACAACUGAAGAGCUUUCACUAUAAUUUAUCCAUUAUUGCCAUUUCAUUUAGUGUAAGGUUGUUAGAGUGACGGUUUGAUUUUUAAUUGUGUUUAAAUUUAAUUAUAUAAUUAUUUACUCAGUGCUGACUAAUGAUGAGUAAUACAAACAUGAACAACACUGUAAUGGAAAUAAAAAGAAUAAAAAUAGAAAAUAUGACUCUAGCAGUAAGGGAGUUUAAUUAUUCAUGCAAUAUAAAUAUAAAAUAAAAUUUGAAGUGGAUGAACUCA